AUGCCUGCACCAAUAUCAGUCCAGUCUCAAAAGCUCAUUCCUUGGCUUGUGGAAAGGCGUGUCAUUUCUAAGGAUUAUAUGAAAUCACUGGAGUAUAUUUCAAAGAAAAUAAAUGAUUUUAAUGCGUCAUCUGCUGAUAAAAUCGAAUGCAUAGAUGCUAAACCUGUUCAGUACUUUUAUGCACUGGAUGUUCUCAAACACCUUGAGAAUACGGACAAUAAAAAGGACUUUUUCGGACGUGACAGCGCUUCCAUUAGAACUUGGAGAGACAUUGUUUCUCGUUACAAGUCCGAACACAUUAAUUUAGCCGAAGUUUCUGAACGUUUGAAUGAUCUCUGUUACCAACUGCUUAAAUGUAAAUCGUCUAUUGCUGAUCGACAGAAAUUGAUCAACGACCUACAAAAGAAGAUUACUGAAUUCACUGCUAAUCAUCAUUCCAAAGAAACCGAACUCACACGAUUUUGCAAUCAAUUUGAUAUUAAGGACGAUCAUGCUCGUCUUCAACUCCUUGAAAAAGCGUCUAAUCUUCCCUCUUCUCUCAAGGAAUACGUCGACGGUUUGAAAGACCUCGCCCAUGUUGUAGACUUCUACUUAGCCUACACAAAUUUCCUCAAUCCGGAAAACGAGUCAACCAGUCAUGCCUGUCCAACUCUUCGAUUAUUAAUUAAUUCUGGAAAUGUUACUGCCUAUGAGUGGCGAACAGGACACGCACCGAGUUGCAUUGGUGAGAGUGAUGACCACAUUCCAAGAAUGAUUGAAAUGGAGAGAAAGGAGAUUGAGGCUUUGGAGGCCGACACUGCUGAGGACAGCCAAGAAAUUAAUUUCGGUGAUCUUGAUCUUGAGGGUGAGACAGACUUGGGCGAAAUCGAUUUUGGCACUGACCUUCUUGAUGAAAUUAAUAUUAUUGACAUAUCAAACGAUUUAACAACUAACACCGAGGAAGAAAAAGACAAUAGCUCGAAGAUAGAGGGCAAAGGUCAAUCAACUCUCGGCAAGUCGUCUUUCGUUGCCACUGGAUCUGAUGCUCGUCUACUUUUGGACUCAACAGACGGCAGGAAUGCCCUCAUUAAUGAUCUCGAAGAGUUGUCCACUUUUCUAAUCCGUGUCCGGGAAAAUCUAGUUGUAUUUCAAGGUGCGGAUUUCAACCUACCAGUGAAUCCCACUAAAAAGAAGGUGGGAGGAUUGAAUACGGAUUCCGUCGCACCGAUUUAUCAUCAAAUUAUGUUGGAUGCUCCAGAGGAGAUAAGGUCAAAAUCGCCCGAUGAUAUUGAUUUGAUAGCAAUAACCCACAUGUCUCUUUUGAGACUCCAACCGAGUUAUUUAGAGCGUCUUAUUGGAAUUAUGCAGAAUCUUCGUCAACAAGCCAAUCGUUCAAAAGCUCGUGCUGCGGAACUUGCAGCUACUGUGGAACAAGCUAAUGAGGAGCUAACCAAGCUCCAAAUCGAAAUGAACGAGUGCUUACAGGAGCGGCGACAACUUGUUUCUUUUUUGGAGAAGGAACUAUCGACGCUAUAUGAUCGUGAUAUUAAGUUAAUCGGAGCUGCUAUUGCUAUGUAG